CAAACUAUUAGGUGUAACCCGUGGAGACUAAGAAGAGUGCUUCGCAGCUUUGUUGUGUGGCUCACCACCAUGGCUCCCUUUUGCUGCACUCCGCUAUUCAAACCGCGAUGCUUUCUUUAACGUGUAUCUUUAAGCGAAAGGUUCAAGGUUCCAUAUGCUCGAAACCGAACCAAGUUGGUCCAAUCCAUCCUCCAGACAUCUGCUACUCUCGCGUUAGCCUCCGGGAAUAAAUCAGCACUUGAAACAGCACACAUAAACAAACCUGCUUCAUAGAAAAUUAGAAAUCUAAAUAUCUAGUCAGUUAGUCGAAUGCAAUGAAGCACUGAAGCAAGGGGCAAUGUACUGUAUCCGGAUUAUCUCGAUGAUAAGCACGUCUUGGCUCAAGACGCAAGCCUCGAGACAUUCCAGUCUUGUAGAGAGACGAUGGAUUACAGAGGGAAUAUAGAGAUGUCUGAAGUAGUGAACUACUUUUGAGUCCAUUUAUUUGCUUAGAUCCAUCCAUCCGUGCCGAAGGUUUUGACCAACGCAAAUUUCGGUAACCAACCUUCUUCGUUGCUCUCUCAGGGCGCUGCGUCGUUGUCAGAACGAUCAGUUGUAUGUCCUGAAUGAGGAAGGGGCAAGAGUCACACAGCAGGCAAGAAAACUAUGAUGCUGCGUAAGACGAUUCACCAAGAACUGGCAGUUACCAGAGGCAAAAGCACUGUUCCUAAAACUGGAUUUUGCUCAGGAGUCUUAAGUCUGAAUUUCAGAGUUGCGAACAGACCGCGAGCGUAAGUCACGAAAGAACUUCAGCGCAGCUGAAGUGUUUGCUAGGGAUUGAUCUUUGGGGUCUUUUCCCUUGUUUGUGGUUUUUCGCUUGUACUGUGAAUUUUCAGCCUUUUGACCCUUUGGGUACUCGGGCUUGAUCUAUUACCAUUUACCAUUUAAUACCAUACUUGACGACACAAUGUCUCGAGUCCAACAGUAUCCAGAGCAAGGACUUCACUUUCUGGUUCCAUACGCGUGCGGGGGAAGUUUCGUCUCGCACUACAGGAUGGAAAUAACGAUAUGUCUGGGACAGCUCAGACAUUUGGCUUUUGUCUCCAGAACAGUCAAUUGGAGCAGGGCUUCAACGUUAACAAUUGGUAACUUUUGUUCGCCAUCUCUAAGCGGUUUAACCACACAACAGGAUUCGCACGAGUCAUGGCAAGCAUCGAGCGAGCAUGACACCAGGUUGCAGCCGACAGCGAUCCAGAUGCAUCAGCAGAAUUGUCCGACUUCUCUAGCAGUCCGAGGAGUGAUCUAGACCGGCCGCAGCACAGGGGGAAUCUGAUAACGGGAGACACGAGGCACAAUGGAAUCGAAUGUGAGAGUGGUGACGAUUAUGACGGUACGUGAAACUAUUGGACAUUGGGAGAGUUGCGAGGGUCGUGGGACCAGCAUUUGGAAUGGUAAUGUCACCUACUAAUCAGGACAUGAUAAGACGAAGGAAAUAAGUCGAGAGACGACUGCUGUGCAGAGAAUUAUCUGUCUCAUCCGACUGCACCUUGGGGGAUUCUCGUAGGGAGCUGACAGUCGCAGGUGGGUCGUAGGCGUCACCUGAGAUCGUUGUUGAGUCGGUACCCGUAUCUAGAAACCGGUAAAAAACAAGACAGUUGAGCAAGGCAUUCGAUGUCUCACAUCCAUCCACCAUAACCUGUUGGGAGGCUCUCGUGUGAAGCUGUUGGACGCGUCCUCUCUCGGACUGUAACUCGAACAAUGCCACAGCUGACCCGGUUGAGUGUGGAGUGCAUUGAACUCACAAUGCUGGAACGUCGUUGGUUAGACUGUCGACAUUGGUUGGCCCGGAGGAAGGAUGUUGGUGCAGCUUUUUUUAUAGGAAUGCUUUCUUCUUACAACUCUGGCAGUAGAAGAGGAAAAAGAAGAAGAAGAAGAAUGUGGCAGUUAUUCAAAUGCUCGGUUGAUGCACCCGAGAAGAAAUAAUGUCCACUGUGGAUAUGCCACUAUUGGACGUUCUGUUUUCCCAUACAUGAUAAAUGUGCAGGAAUGAAGAAUUCACGUAGAUGGGUAGACUGGAGCGACAUUGUCGACCCACUGUUCCAGCCAUCCAAAUCCACAAACUGUUCGCACCUGCAAGAGCCAAUGAAGAACAGCUGUGUAGAAAGAUUCCAUCUUGAAAUCAGAUUCUUUCUUCGACCAACCGCAUGAGAGAGCUGCACAGAGAUAUGGAACGGAUAUUGUGAUGCAGUUUGGGACUCCGAAUGUUCGAUCCCCAAUCCGACAACCUGCCAGUCGAAACGGCGUCCAUAAAACCAUGGGAUCAUCCGCUAGUGCUUGUGCCCGUGGUUCUCUUGCUCUUGUCUGUGGGAGCAACACUAACUCUUGCUGGAACGUGGAACGGAGUCCUCCUCUGGUCGGGAAGAGGGACGGCUGCACAACUGCGUGAGCAUUUCUUUCCUCCACGAAAUUCAUCCGAUCACCAAUCGGAUAAAUCAGCUGAUAAAAAUCCACGUGGAUUUGAUGUCGCUAAUAUGGAAGUCGAUCUCGAAGUUCUCAGACUCGUGACUUCAGUUGAAAGCUUGCAGCUCGUCGUGAAGAACGAGCUGACGAUAGUUGAGUAGAUUGUCCGUGUCUGGAUGCUUCCAAAUGGACACAAUUCAGCUCAGAAGAUCGUCUGUUAAAUCGACGGCGAACAGGAGAGCUGUGCUUGGAACCCAUGGCCGUAAGCGACCACGCACAGAUCUGCAAAUGCAUUCAGGCGCAAGCAGGUGUAUAGGCCAGGAAUCGAUAGUAUAGUUGCGAGGCAAAUGAUGCGUGACGAAAAGUCUGUCAACGCACUGGUCUUUGGAUUGUUGCUUGGAAGGGGAACAUGUUUAUGGCACGGAAUCCCACUUGCUCACUUCUCCCUUCUCACUAUUCCGAAGGCCAAGGAUGGAACUGGUUCAGUCGUCACCAUGUAGCAGCAGCAUUGGACCGCCACUUAUUUUCCUGCACUCGUGGUGCCGUUUCGACUGGUUCUCCCGACCUUCAGUAUCAUCAUCAAUCAACACCAACACAAUAGUGUGGAUCUGGAUAGAAACAAUAAAAAAUAGUAUGAACCAGUCUCCUCUAUACUGUAUAUAAUCGAUUUUAUAGAAUACCGUCUCAAACUGGGGGGAAACAAUUGCAUAUUGCACUGUCAAGUGGUGUGUUGUUGUUUUCUGUUUUUUUUUAGGUAUCCUUUUCUGGAUGCAUGCUUUGGGUCAGACUCACAUGCUCUUCCAUUUCCAUGAAGCUCGGCGCCUGCGGUGGAGUCAAGCGGAUACUAAGUUUUGUAGCACACUUUGGAUUCUCUUCUAACUACGAGAAGUACAGUCAAUUGCAUGGUCCUUCGAUUCUCAAACAUGUCUAUGUUAUAUACAGGGAUUAAUUUCCGCCUUAGCCUCUAACUUCCACCCACCAGCUCUACUAUAGAAGAAGCUGCCCUCCCCCGAUCUCACUAU